GAUUAGUGUUGAUUCGUCGGCUCAUAUAUUAACUCUCGAUGCAAACGUUGCUCAUUCUCAUUGUUCCAAGUGUCUAAUCAAGAUGUACAAACUUAUUGGUUUGGUCGUGAUUCUGGCUGUUUCGUCCAGUCAGCAAAAUCUCAUUGAAAACGAUUCCCAGUCGAAGUAUUUAAUACCCAACUUUACGGCCAACUGGUUCAAGGCCGUCGAGUACUGCACCUACCUUGGACGGAGACUGGCAAUCAUCGAGAGUCCAACCGCCGAAGAGAAUUUAUACCGGGCGAUCAAAUCUUCGGAGGUCUUCGUAAAUGUCAGCACGCGGGUCUGGAUCGGGGCCAACGAUUUGGGUGACGAAGGAAACUUCCAUUGGCAUGCCACCGGGAGGCGGGUCCAGUACGCAAACUGGGUACAUCUUCAGCCGGACAACUGGGGAGGCAACGAGAAUUGCGUGGAGGUUGGCACGAACAAUGUCGGGGGGUUUCAAUUGAACUGGAAGUGGAAUGACGACAACUGCAACAGGCCACAUUAUUUCGUCUGUGAGGAAGGAAGUUGAACACACGAU